CUCAAUGACACGCCCCCCUCACGGUCAGUCGGAGCAGCGCAGAACAGACGCAUGCGCAGAAGAGAGAUGUGAGCGACAACGACGGAAAAAGAUGAAAACUGAACGGAGUAGACAACUCACAAGGAUAAAGACAGGCUUACGUCGCCUGAGAGAGCACCAAACAGAGGCCUUACCACUGUCAGGACUUCCAGCAGAGAUGCAGCUACCUUCUAAGAUCUUGGAAUCAAGCUCCGAAUCAGAGGAAACAAGCAUCCUUGAAACCUCACACUCUGAUCCUGAGGACCCAGAUGAACCCCCCCUGACAAGAACUGAAAGUGUAUUUCUCACCAGAGAAUACCUUGAACAGAUUUCCAAGGCAUCACACGCCUUUGACACCUCUAUAAGCAGUGGUGAUGAAUAUAUUCUGUCAAAAGCCUCUGUUUAUGAAAGCAGUGCAGAAGAACCUGACAGUCCCAUGAGCAAGGUUCCAGUGGUGAAGCAGAAGACGUCACAAAGGACAUACAAGAAAAAAAAGAAAGAAAUGUCUUCAGAUGAAGACAAGAAGAGAACAGGAAGCGAAAACUGUGAUGACACAAGCCUGGAAAAUGUGUCUGUAAUGAAGCUGCGAAAAAAGUCAAAUGGUGCCAGAGAUUACAGUAAGACACAUUGUUGUUUGUACUGUCCCAUGCACUGCCAAAAAAUGGCAAAGCAUUUAAUCCGCAAACACACCAAUGAACCUGCUGUAGCUAAAGCAAUAAGUUUUCCUUUGAAGUCAAAGGAACGAAGAUUACAUUUUGACCUUAUUAGAAAUAAAGGGGACCGUGCUCAUAACAACGAGGUCCUAAACACUGGUAGUGGCACACUGAUGCCAAGCUAUCGAGCUGCAAAACCAGCGAAAGCAAGUGACUACAUGCACUGUAUAAACUGUGAGGCUUUGCUCAAAAGAAAGUCAUUGUGGAGGCACAUGUCCAAGUGUAGGCUUUCACUUACAUGUAGCACGCUAAAGCCAGGUAGAAGUCGGAUCCAGGCGCUCUGUGCGUAUGCACAGCCUGUCCCAGAUGGUGUUAGCCAAAAUGUUUGGGAGCUAACAAAUGCCAUGUAUCAAGAUGAAGUCACAAACAUCAUCAAAAAAGAGACAACCAUUUUGAAACUUGGAGAACAUUUGUAUGCCAAGCAUGGACAUGACAAAACCAAACAUGACCACAUUAGACAAAAAAUGCGGGAAAUCGGGCGACUAGUUCAGCAGUCACGGACAGGUGGUACACUGAAACGAAUUAAGGAGUUCUUUGUGCCUUCAAACUUUAACUUUGUGGUUGAAGCAGUAAAAGCUGUGUCUGGCUUUGAUGAGGAGAAAAACACCUACAAAAGUCCAUCGCUGGCUCUGAAGCUGGGUCAUAGUCUCAAGAAGAUUGCAGAUAUUCUUGAGUGUGAGGCGCAGAUGGCAGAGUCUGACAAUGAGGAAUUUCUAAACAACCUGAACAGGAGCAGGGGUCUUUUUGAGAAAAAGUGGGAUGUGUGUGUGUCAUCACGUGCCCUACAAACUCUGAAAGAGGUGAAAUGGAACACUCCUCAGCUCCUUCCUUUCACUGAGGAUGUCAAGAACAUGCACAUGCACCUCGAAAAGUGCAGAGAAGAAUACCAAAGGAAUCUGAAGAAUAGCCCAAGGAAGAAGACCUGGACCAAGCUGGCCAGUGUAACGCUUGCUGAGGUGAUCCUGUUUAACCGCAGAAGAAAAGGUGAAGUAUCAAAGAUGCCACUUAGUGCAUUUACCCUGAGAGACAGUUCAGAACUUCAUUCAGAUGUGGCACUAGGUCUUUCAGAGUUGGAGCAAAAGCUUUGCCAACAUUUUCAACGGAUUGAAAUCAGAGGGAAAAGAAACAGGAAGGUUCCGACCUUCUAA